AUGUCCAUGUACAAGCUCAUCCGGCGCAUCUCCUCCUCCUUCUUUCCCCGCCCCGAUCGCCCCUGGAGCGAAGACGCCACGUCCACCGCUCCCCAGAUCGGCAAGAAGCGCCGCCUGAGCACGUCCGAGCACGAGGACCGCGAGGCGACGCCUGUGAAGAAGGCCCGCGCGGACUCGGAGGCGGCGACGGACGAGGAGAGCGGCCGCGACCAGGAGCGCGGGAGCUCCCCCGCCGCACGCACCGACACCGAGGAGGUCAAGGAGGUCACCGAGGGCGUGCGCGAGGUCGAGCUCGAGGACGGUCCGCCGCUGCCGUCAGACUCGGAGGCCCCCUCUGCUACCGCAGCGACGGCCCAGGAGGGCGAAGAUGCGGUUAUCGUUGCGGAGACCGAGACCGAGACGCAAGCGGCGGCCGCGGUGCCCCUGCCAGAGUCCCCGACGCUCAAGGCCGCCGAGGGCGAAGACCAGGACGCGGAGGGCGAGGUCGACGUUGAGGUGAAGAGUCUGGAGGAGGCCGUAUCGCAGACGGCAACCAAUGAAGCCUCAUCAGAUGCUCCCUCUGUCCCCAUCGCCGCCGACACCGACGAGGUCCCUGGGCUAUCGCUCGCCUCCACCUCCACCAGCAAACCCAUCGUCAGCUCGACUUCGGAGUCAUCAUGA